CAACAAGGAAGAAAAAGCACAAAUCAGGGUAAGGAGUGGCAGCCUCUCACUUGGCAGUCCUUAUUAAUAGUUGUCUGUCCUUUGUCCCCUUCCUAACCUCUGCUAGCCCCCAGGCUCCAAACGGCUCACUUAAUCUGCAGCCAGAGGAACAGGAGACUGGGGGAACUGAAAAGCCGCGGAACCAGAAGCGAAGGGAGCGGACAUGGGGGAGUAAGAGAGGUGGAGGACCGGUAGGCCUAGUUUCCAGGCCGCGGUCGCGUGAGGAUGGAACCUCUGCGUGUAUUGGAGCUGUACAGUGGCAUUGGUGGCAUGCACCACGCGCUGCGAGAAAGUUGUAUCCCUGCACAUGUGGUGGCCGCUAUCGAUGUGAACACUGUUGCUAAUGAAGUAUACAAGCAUAAUUUUCCUCACACACACUUACUGGCAAAGACAAUUGAAGGUAUUUCACUGGAAGAAUUUGACAAGCUAUCUUUCAAUAUGAUUUUAAUGAGCCCUCCAUGUCAACCAUUCACAAGAAUUGGUCUACAGGGGGAUAUGACUGACCCAAGGACAAAUAGCUUCCUGUAUCUUCUAGAUAUUCUCCCAAGGUUGCAAAAAUUACCCAAGUAUAUUCUUUUAGAAAAUGUCAAAGGUUUUGAAGUAUCUUCUACAAGAGGGCUGCUGAUAGAAACACUAGAAGCCUGUGGCUUUCAGUAUCAAGAGUUUCUACUGUCUCCUUCCUCUCUAGGAAUUCCAAACUCAAGGCUACGAUAUUUUCUCAUUGCCAAGCUUCAGUCAGAGCCUUUCCCUUUCCAGGCCCCUGGCCAGAUACUGAUGGAGUUUCCUAAAGUUGUAACUGUUCAGCCACAAAAAUAUGCAGUAGUUGAAGAAAGUAAGCUAAGAGUGAAGAGAACCGAAGCAGAUAUCUGCGUUGAUGGCAGCAGCACACAGUGUUCUAGAAAAGAUACCUUUCUUUUUAAGCUGGAAACUCCAGAAGAAAUUGACAGGAAACGCCAACAGGACAGUGACCUCUCUGUGCAGAUGCUGAAGGAUUUCCUUGAAGAUGACGACACAGAUCAGUAUCUUCUACCACCAAAGUUACUGCUUCGAUAUGCUCUCUUACUGGACAUCGUUAAGCCCACUUCCAGAAGAUCCAUGUGCUUCACUAAAGGGUAUGGAAGCUACAUAGAAGGGACAGGCUCUGUGUUACAGACUGCAGAGGAUGUGCAGAUUGAGGAUAUCUACAAAUCUCUUGCCGAUUUGCCACCAGAUGAAAAGAUAGCUAAGUUGUCAAUGCUUAAACUGCGAUAUUUCACACCUAGAGAAAUUGCAAAUCUCCAGGGCUUCCCUCCAGAAUUUGGGUUUCCUGAGAAGACAACAGUGAAGCAGCGAUACCGGCUGCUUGGCAACAGCCUCAACGUGCAUGUAGUGGCAAAACUCCUCACAGUUUGUGUGAAUGAUUUGGAAGUGCCUCUAACUCUAGACAGUAAUUCCAAAAUUCUAUCUUGAAUUAAUUCUUAUAGAAUUCAACUAAAUUAUCUUAAUAGCAUUUAUUGGGUAAUUCAAGGGAACUUAAAUGUACAUAUCAUUGUUUCCUUAAAUUUAUCUGACUGUAUCCAAUAAACUUCACAUUGCUGUUUUUGUUUUAUGAGCAAAUAUUUUUAUAAAGCUUUUAAACAUGUGUAUUACAUAUCUUUAUAUUAUAAACAAAUUUAAGAAUGUUUGAAUUUUUAUGUGUAUAUUAGUACUUUAUAAAAUAUGACAUGAAUAAUGUAAUGAUCCUUAGAAAAUUAUUUUUGUAUGUUAAUUUAAAACUUGUUUUAUAUGACAUGGAGAAACUAACUGGAUGUAGACCUGGAAGCUUCAUCCCUGCUGGUUAGCUUUCAUAGUGCUGUUCACGCUACCAGAAGCAAAAAUAGCCAUCAUUCUUAACUAGCUAUGAGCCAGGAUGCUACAGUAGUGACUAUCCUGCUAAGAUAUGCCCAUGAGUGUCGUGGGAAUAGCCAACUGCUCUGUGAUUUGAUUUAAGGCCUGAUCAAUGAGUAGAAUCCAUACCAGGCCGUUAUCUGGUCCAAAGACCUGUGGCUAGACAGGUCAUGGGCCCUAGUGGGUAACCUACUAGUAUUAUUCUGUUAAAUGGUCAUUGUAUUAAAUGAUUCCUGAUGAUUUAUUCUUACACGAUAGAUUAGUGUCUCCCUCAACACUGAGCAGGUAAGCUUCUUGCAGUAAAUGGCAACACAGAAAUCCAGAGAACAAGAGACUGGAGCGCUCAGCCCUAAGUGACAUGUCUAUCCUUCCCCUCCCUCCCGAGGCUCAGGGAUCAUUGGAGAAGAGGAAGCAAAAACACUGUAAGAGUGGUAGAUAACUUUAGGGACAUAGGUUUUCUAGGUACAGCAGGACAACAUAGCUGGGUGACAGCAUGCCAAAGACCUGCAUGAUCUGGAAUCCUCAACAGCAUCCCAACAUGGAGCAGGUAGAGUGGGUAUCAAAGCACACCCCUAGCUCAGAGCUGCUGGGAGAGGAAGAGUCAGUUUUCUUCCAAGGUGUGAUUCCUGGUAUGUGGAACACACCUCAGGGUAGGCUUAUACUCAAGAAUAUUUGAGCAACACAAAUUGGACUUGAUUUUUUUUUAAGAGGACACAAAGUUAAGUGGAUAGGGGAGGGAUUGUGAAUAUGAUUCAAAUAAAUUGUAUGACAUUCUCAAAGAAAUAAUAUUAUUUUAAAAAAUUGUUUUAUGACUCAAGAUACUGCUCUUUUUGUUAAUUUAUCCUAACUCAAAACUGAUUCUAAUUUUAGCCUAUUGAGUGUUUUACCUAAUUCCAGACCUUUUUAGACAAAUGCAUACAUUUUAAACCAAAUUAUCAUCAUCCAACAUAGACAUCAGUCUGAAAAUGCUCAUUAAUUCUUAACCAAAUCUUUGAAAACUGCAGGGGCCUUUUUACAGAGUCUUCCUCUGUAGCCCUGGGUGGCCUGGAAUUCACUAUCUAAUCCAGUCUGGCUUCUAACUCAGAGGUAUCUGUCUGGCCCAACCUCCGGUUUGCUAGCCAGAAUUAAAGGCCAGCAAUACUUAACCUGGCUUCCUCUUUAAUCUUAAUCUGAAGAUAAACCUCAUUGUCCUGCCUCCAUUUGUACAUCCUUCCUUUUAGUUUGCUAUUACCAGGCUGCUUUUGCUUUGUCAGCCUUCAGGUUAAACUUGUCUGUUAUUACGUUCUAAGGAAUAUGGCGUAGCUUGCGUGGCAGUAAGAGUAAGGGAGGAAAUUGUGCUGCUAUUUCUAUAUGGUGCUACCCCAUCCUUUAUUGCACUGGCUCUGAAUGUAACAUUUUCUCUCUUCAAUUAUGGCAUCAGUAAAUGAAUGGAUAAGUAAUAUGUGUUGCAAACAUAUACCAGAAUACCAGUCAGUAUUACCUGGGAUGGAUUUAUGAUCCAUGGCAUGACCUGGAUGAGCCUUGGGAACCUGCUAAUGAAAUUAUCCGGACAUGAAAAGACAAGAGUGGUUUCAUUCCCCUGUGAGUCAAGUUCAUAGAGACAGUAAGGUGGGCAGUGUUUGCAGGGGUUGGCAGGAGGGGGACUAGGAAGUCAGUGGUUAUCAGGUAUGAAGUUUCUGUUUGCAAGCAUGAGAACGUUCUGAAGGCAGUAGGCACUGCUGGUUGGACAUGGCGAGUGUGCUGAGUGUCACCCAACUGUACACUUAGUCUGUUGGAUGGCUGAUUUUAUAUUACUUAGAUUAUACUGAACUCUUAAAAAUUACCCCUGAACUCAGGUAAAUAUGGGUAUAUCAAAGCUGUAAGCUAUGUAUGUACCAACAGUCACUGUCUACAAUUGUAUAUAUUUUUGAAGAUGAACCUCAUUAAAGUCUCAUAAUUAUAA